AUGUUGCUUGGAUUGAAACUUCCGCUUAAUUCUUGGCAAAAGUCUUCAUUCAACCAAGUUCGAUAUGCAUCCUCACCAUCUUCAAAAAGGUGGAUAGCACGACAAGUUCGGGAUCAAUUUGUCAAGAAAGCAUUAUCACAAAAUUAUCGAGCCCGAAGUGCGUUCAAAUUAUUGGAAUUGGACCAAAAGUAUAAUUUCAUUAAUCCAGGUUCAAUUUUUAUCGACUGCGGAGCAGCUCCCGGUAGUUGGAGUCAAGUUAUUUCUCGAAAAAUUUAUCCAGAAUUAGAUUUAACCAUUGAACAAACAGAAGUUGUUGACAAAAAAUUAAAUGACAGUUUAAUUAUUGCUGUCGAUUUGUUACCAAUUGAGCCGAUUCCUGGAGUGAAUGUUAUACAAGGAGACUUCACCGAUAUAAACAUACAACAAAAGAUAAAAGAGCUAUUGAAAGGGAGAGAAGUAGACGUAGUUGUAAGCGAUAUGGCACCGAAUUUUUCUGGACAACAUUUCAUAGAUCAUGUCAAAUCAAUGGAAUUGUGCGAAUCUGGUCUAAAUUUUGCUGAGCAAGUAUUAAAAAUUGGAGGCACCUUUUUAUGCAAGUUCUUGAUGGGAGAAUCUGAGCAAGAAUUUAGAAACCUUUUAAAGACCAAGUUUAACAGAAUUCGUCACGAAAAACCAGAGGCUGUGCAUAAAAAGUCAACAGAGGGAUAUUAUAUGUGUUUAGGUUACAAAAGACGAGUAGAUAAUUCAUAA